AUGAAAGCUUUGAGGACCAUCACAUUGACGUACGUACUCACCCUUUUACUACUGGCGACGUUUAUCUCACAGUCCUGGGGUGCACCGAAGGGCUCUUUCCAACGGAGAAAUUGGACCCCGCAGGCUAUGUUGUACCUCAAGGGCACACAGGGACGCAGAUUCAUCUCAGAGGACCGAAAAGAAGGAGAUGUCUAUGACACCUUACACCUAGAGACCCGCAGUCAGAACACAGAGAAGCUGAGUGUGGACCAGGCAGCCUCCGUCCUGCUCAACUUCCUGCAGCAGGCCAGAGAGGGAGCCGAUGAAAACCCAGAGGAGGUGUAUUUCCAGGAGCUGCCGGUGUGGAAGAGAGAAUACUUCUGA